AUGACUGAAUGGAAGAGUCUUUUGAACAAUUACUGGACAGGGUUUAGCAAGUACUGUGACCAUGUGACCAAAGUUGAUAUUCGACAGGUUAAUCUGUUGUUUGCAACCAACGUUGCUGAAGAAGGCCUUGAUAUUCAAACAUGUUGUCUCAUUAUCCGCUUUGACUUACCAUCAACAGUGGCCAGCUAUAUACAAUCCAGAGGUCGUGCUUGCAUGCAGGAGUCUGAAUACCUUCUUCUAGUAGAGAGGAUCUCUUUUUCCUGGUAUGCGCAGAAUCCUGCCCCAGUGUUCAUUUAUUUGGAUGAUUUGGAUGGUGUCACUUGUCAUGUGGUUCUCCCUUCCAAUGCCCCCAUUCAUUGUGUUGAGGGGCCAUCAUGUGCUUCAAAAGAGGAUGCAAAAAAAGCCGCUUCUCUUCUAGCAUGCAAGAAGCUGUAUGAGUUAGGUUCCCUGAUGGACCAUCUUUUGCCAACGCAAAAGGAGAAGAUUGAAAUAUUUUUAGAAAAUCUACAUGAUAAGCUUGUAAAUUCUAGCGAUGACUUCUCCAGAGCAGAGCUUCAUGAAACAAUAGUACCUUCUGCACUUCAAAUGGACUGGAGGGGAUCUGCUUCUCAUCUCACAUUUCAUUUUUAUCAUAUGAUCUUUAUUCCUAAGCCAAGGGAUUGGUGCUAUAGAAGAUUUGGGCACCUUUUGGCACUUCCUCUUCCCAAAGAAGCUGAAGAUAUGCAAGUUGACCUUCAUCUUGCUCGUGGUAGAAUUGUGGAAACAAUACUUAUCCCAUCUGGGGUAAUUUCAUUUAGUGAAACUGAGAGGGUGGAAGGUGGGAGAUUUCAAGAAAUGUGCCUCAAACUCAUGCUUGACAGGUCAGGGGUUAGAGAUGACUAUGUUCAAUUGGGCACGUGCAUACCAUGGGAGGCCCAUAUCCGAGAGACAACCCCCGUGGUGGCCCAUAACAGUAUGGAUCCAUUCAUCCGCUGCAGCGGUAGAGCACUCAUCCAUGGAUGUGUGAAUUCCAAGGAGAUAUACUCAGCCAUCCCUAAGACACCCAGGUUGGGAAGGCGGGAGCCCAACGCUCCAAGCACAUCACACAACAAUACCCUGGGGCGUUGCACCGCCUACGCUUCGAACAGGCGAGACCAGUGGCGAAAACGGGAUGUCUCCCAAACACAUAGCUACAUCCCAUUGGCUUCUCUUCUCUUAUUCUUUCAUUAUUAUCAUUAUAAUAGCACAUUCACAAAAUGACUGGCUAACUCAUGAGGUUGGUACACUUCACGAGUGCACCCACACCUCCAAUUGCCUUCACACGAGGACUACACAUAACAUUAACAGUCUUAGC